ACCACCCACAAACAUGAACUUCUUGUACCUCCUCACGUUACUUUUCACAGCCACAGUAGCAAUAGCUACAGCAACACCGGCGAAAGUACUCUUACCAAGCAAGCGAGAUGGCUCCAGCGUCGUCUCUGCCGUCAACACCAUUUCUUCCCAACUGGUUACCCUCAACACCACCGUGAGCAACUACCCGGGCGGCAUUGAAGGAACAUUAUCUGCAUUGCAAAUCCAAGCGGAAACAAUCCAGCUCGAAGUCGAUCUAAAGACCGCAAUCAAAGUGACCCGGCAGUCUGCCAAUUUCACCGACGCCGAAUCGCAGAAGGUAGCGGAAGCUUUCGUUACGCUGGAGCCACAGAUCGCAUCUACACUGGCCAACAUUGUGUCGAAAAAGUCUGAUUUUGACGAUGGGUUGUUGGGCAUCGCGUCGUUGAGUUUCCUGGUCAAGUUUGAUCUGCAAGAGUUGAGCAUUCUAUCGAAGGCGCUGGGGUCAGCGGUACAGGACAAGUUGUCAGGGACGUAUGCGGAUUUGGCGCCAUUGAUUCUGAAUGAAAUUUCGGCUGCGUUCAAGAAGGCCAUUGCGGCCUAUUCAUAGUGUUGAGGAUGGGUGAUCUUUAGUAGGGUGAAACGAUGCAAUCAAGCCCGAGCUCUAGUCACAGUUAAGCCUUCUCGUUUGCAGGUGUCCUCAAACUUUCUUAAAAAUGUAUGGUAAUAGGAGU